AUGGAUAUUACGAAGCUUUUGACAAACGAUACUGAUAGUCACUCAUCGCCAGUCGCUCCUAACAUCCGCAAAGAUAAGGGUAAAGAGAGGGAGGUGUUACCCAGAAAAGUAGAAUUAAACAACAAGCCAGAAAUAAGACAAGCGGAAGGCUCUAAAAGUACCCAGUCAGAUGAUCAACAUAGAAAAACCAGGUCAUGGUUUGUCGGGGAAGGUGAUGACAAUAAACCGGCAAUGGACCGCGUCAAGAAUUUUUUGUUGGAUAACAAUGGCAAGUACCUUGAUAUAUGGAGUGGUGUUCCAGAUAAAAGAACUGGAAAUACGACCCAGGGAAAAUCACCACCAUGGGUAUCUCAACAAUGUGCGGACGAGUUUGCCAAACAUGGCGUCAAAGGAAAGAAGGAAACUAUUCGCACCCAAAUUAUGAAUAUGUUAACGUCUUAUGGAGAAGCGACAAAACUCUUCUACCAAACAGGUGCAGGAGCUAAAGGCGACGUCCCAUGUGUAAGCAUGUCCGAAGAGUUCAAGAAGUCUGAGAAGGAUAACGAAGAUAAGAAGAGGAAAAGAAACAAGAAACAAAAAACACCAAAAACUCCCAUGUAUGUUGAGCUUAUGGAACGCUUUGAAAUUGAAACUGGAGCUAAUGACAGUAAUGCCGGUAGAAGUGAAUCAGGUUCGAAUGCUACCAAUCACAGUGAAAAGUUGACGUCUGUUGCGGCUCUGGAAACAUGCAUAAAAGAAAGAAAACAGCAGAAUGCGGAGGCCAAAUGGAAUGAUAGUCUUAUGCAGAUAGGGAAUCGUCGUCUUGAGCUUUUAAAAAUAGGCCUGCAAAUUGAGACAGUCAAGACGAUCUAUGAACAAGAAGUUGAGCUUCUUAACCGAGGUCCGUUAGAAUAA